AUGGGAAAUAACUCUUCUUGCAAAUCUGAAAGAGAAUUCUUGUGUCAAUACAAUGCCAUUUACUAAGUAAUGUAUGACCAAAAACACAUUAGAGAUUUUCUUCUCUACUUAAGACAAAAGCUAAGCGAAAAUAACCAUUUUUCAACUAUCCCCUAAGAGAAGCUUUUUGUCUGCUUUUAAGAUGACCUUGAAAAUAUCUGCUUGAAGUUAUCCUUGUCUGACUUAGACUAAGCAACUGCUAUUGCUAUUUACGACUACCUACAAUAUAUAAUUUACUCAUUAGGUAAAAUGAGAAACCUUAAAUAAGCAUAUGAUAAUUACAUCUCAAUUUUAAAAACUAAACUUAGUUUGGAUAAAUCAAAACACUGUCAAUAAUACAAACAACUCUUUGAAAGAUUUUUAUCUAAAUAUGAAGAACUCAAAUAAAUUAUUAAUUUGAUUGAAAAACUUGAUUUAGAUACAAUAAAAACUUGCCUUAAGACCUGUGCCAAAAAAUAUAAAAUCCCCCUGAAUGAUUAAACCACAAGCAAUUAAAAUUAAAUAUUUAAUAAAUAAAACAAUGACAAAUGUAGUAUGUAUUAUGGAAGAGAAACCUGCAGCACCAUUCAUUUAAAUGAAGUCGAAUAAGAUGAUUCAUGGAUCGAACCUUUCUGA